AUGGGGUCAGGCUCAGCUACAGAUCUGUUACCACUGGACCUCCUGUCCCGGGUACUUCCUGUGUCCGGCAGGGCUCGGGAUGGGAUACGUAUGGUCCAGUCCAGAGGUGCUCGUGGAUUUCAGUUUUCUGGAUCUCCACAGCUGUUCAGCUUCCCUGCAUCUCAGCUCUUUAUUAAUUGUAACUUCUUUCCCGCUGAGUUCUCCAUCGUUGUCACACUGAAAAUCCCACAAAUGGCUCCUGAGAAGAGUGAAUACAUCUUCACACUGUUGGAGGGAGAUUCAGAUGAGCCGCUCCUCGGCCUGCGUCUGUCCCAAAACAAGUUCCACUUCUUGCAGAAGGGUCACGGUAGCAGGAAACGCAUCACUUUUAAGGCAGUAGGGCUGGAUGAUAACCGCUGGCACACUGUGGUCUUGGCAGUGACAGGAUGCUACACAAUUCUCACUGUGGACUGUGGCACACCUCUAGAGCUGGAGCUUGAAAUACCUUUCCCAGAUAAUCUUGAUACAACUGGUUCCACAUUCUUCAUUGCUAGCAGAAGAAGAUGGAACGGUCUAUUUUCUGGUCUGAUACGGCAGCUAGUUUUGUUACCUGGUUCAGAUGCUACCUCACAAAUUUGUCCCUCAUCUGAGCCCCGGCUGUCUGCUCUCUCAGUUCCUCAGGCCCUUUUACACCUGCCAAUCAAACCAUCAUCCACUGACCUUCCCCUCCACCCUUAUGAGGCAGAGGUUCGGGUGACUGCGGGUAUGAGUCCUCCCUGUGGACACUCAGAGGAGGGACACCUGUGGUUUAACACACUGAAGAGAGGACUGUUUCUCUGUGAUGGUAUUGUAUGGCUCACUAUGCUGCAAGUGAAAGAGAAGCUGGACUACGUGGAGGAUCACCAGGAUUUAUUUACCAACUCUGAGACAUUUGACAUUGAGGUUUUCCACAUCCCUUCCGUAGGACUUUUCAUGGCAACCGCCAACCGUGAUUCCAACCUCGGUUCAGGAAUUUACAAAUGGACAGAUGGGAGGUUUGAACGAUAUCAAAACAUCAGCACCUACGAUGCACAAGCAUGGCAAUACUUCACAGUGGGCAAAAAGGUGUGUGUGGACUACCAACAGAAUGUGAUAUUGCUUUUAUACAAUCUGUUACCACUGGACCUCCUGUCCCGGGUACUUCCUGUGUCCGGCAGGGCUCGGGAUGGGAUACGUAUGGUCCAGUCCAGAGGUGCUCGUGGAUUUCAGUUUUCUGGAUCUCCACAGCUGUUCAGCUUCCCUGCAUCUCAGCUCUUUAUUAAUUGUAACUUCUUUCCCGCUGAGUUCUCCAUCGUUGUCACACUGAAAAUCCCACAAAUGGCUCCUGAGAAGAGUGAAUACAUCUUCACACUGUUGGAGGGAGAUUCAGAUGAGCCGCUCCUCGGCCUGCGUCUGUCCCAAAACAAGUUCCACUUCUUGCAGAAGGGUCACGGUAGCAGGAAACGCAUCACUUUUAAGGCAGUAGGGCUGGAUGAUAACCGCUGGCACACUGUGGUCUUGGCAGUGACAGGAUGCUACACAAUUCUCACUGUGGACUGUGGCACACCUCUAGAGCUAGUGUUUGAAAGAUCUUUCCCCGAUGAUCUUGAUACAACUGGUUCCACAUUCUUCAUCGCUAGCAGAAGAAGAUGGAAUGGCCUAUUUUCUGGUCUAAUGCGGCAGCUAGUUUUAUUACCUGGUUCAGAUGCUACCUCACAAAUUUGUCCCUCAUCUGAGCCCCAGCUGUCCGCUCUCUCAGUUCCCCCGGCCCUCUUACACCUGCCAAUCAAACCAUCAUCCACUGACCUUCCCCUCCACCCUUAUGAGGCAGAGGUUCGGGUGACUGCGGGUAUGAGUCCUCCCUGUGGACACUCAGAGGAGGGACACCUGUGGUUUAACACACUGAAGAGAGGACUGUUUCUCUGUGAUGGUAUUGUAUGGCUCACUAUGCUGCAAGUGAAAGAGAAGCUGGACUACGUGGAGGAUCACCAGGAUUUAUUUACCAACUCUGAGACAUUUGACAUUGAGGUUUUCCACAUCCCUUCCGUAGGACUUUUCAUGGCAACCGCCAACCGUGAUUCCAACCUCGGUUCAGGAAUUUACAAAUGGACAGAUGGGAGGUUUGAACGAUAUCAAAACAUCAGCACCUACGAUGCACAAGCAUGGCAAUACUUCACAGUGGGCAAAAAGAAGUUCCUGGUUGUUGCUAACUGCAGAAGUAAGGAUGCAGGGAACCAGGAGCAGUCUGUGAUAUAUAAAUGGAGCUCAAGGAAGCUGAAAUUUAUUCACUAUCAGACUCUGAUCACACACAGCGCUCGUGACUGGGAGGCUUUCAGCAUUCAAGACGAAACUUUCCUCGCCGUGGCCAAUCAUAGGCAAGGGGGGAGAAACCAUAAUAUUGACAGUGUAAUCUACAAGUGGAACCCAGUUGCUCAGUUUUUUGAGGUCAAUCAGACAAUCCCGACCACUGGUGCUUAUGAUUGGGAGUUUUUCACCAUCGGCCCAUAUUACUUCCUUGCAGUCGCUAACACUUUCAAUGGAAGAUCUACAGUCAUUGAUUCUACCAUCUAUAUCUGGCUGGGAGGGAUGUUUCAGCCUUAUCAGUCUAUUACAACCUUUGGGGCGAUAGACUGGGAGAUGUUCCAGAUUGAAAACAGGGUCUUCCUGGCUGUGGCGAACAGCCAGAUGCUCACGGAGGAGGGCAAGAUUCUGUACUCUAUCAACUCCACCAUCUAUGAGCUCAGCAUGACAUCUCAGACCUUCAUCAAGUUUCAGGAGAUUGAAACGAACAGUGCUUUGGACUGGGAGUAUUUUACUGUGGGAGAUGACAAGUUCCUGGUGGUUGCCAACUCCUAUGAUGGAAACUCAUACUCUCUUAAUAGUGUUAUAUACAGGUGGCAGGGUUAUGAGGGGUUUAUCCCGGUGCACAGACUGAGCACCAAUGGCUGCAGAGAUUGGGAAUAUUUUAACACAACCGAUGGCUCCUACCUCAUCUACUCCAGUGCCAGAGCUGCUCUUUCUAAAGUCCUUAAAUUAAGGACCAUCUAG